AUGCUGUUUCUGCAUCUUGCAUUUCUAAUUGCUCUCCUCCUAGGUGGGGAAAACACAGCUGGUUUUGAGAAGCCUAUCUCCUUCCAAGUCAUUCAAAUCUCAACUUUUUACAACCAUUCCUGGGUACAGAAUCUGGGCUCAGGUUGGUUGGGUGAGUUGCAGACUCAUCACUGGGAGACAAACUCUGGCACCAUCGUUUUCCUGCAGCCUUGGUCCAGGGGCAACUUCAGUAAUAAGGAGUUUAUAGACUUGGAAAUCUGUUUCCGUUCAUACUUCAUUAGAUUUACUCAACAAAUUCAGAAGUACGAAUUCCAUUUUGAAUAUCCUUCUGUGUUUCAGGUGGCAGCAGGCUGUGAGCUGCGCUCCGGGGAGGCCUCAGCAGGCUUCCUGCAGGAAGCUUACCAAGGAUCAGAUUUCCUAAGCUUUCAGAACAAUUUGUGGUUGCCGGCUCCACAGGGAGGAAGUGGGGCUCAGAAUUUGUGCAGACUACUGAAUCUAUUUGAAGGCUUCAAGGAGAUAGUGAACAGGCUCCUCAAUGACGUCUGCCCACGUUUUAUGUUGGGACUUCUUGAUGCAGGCAAGGCACAUCUCCAACGACAAGUGAGGCCUGAGGCCUGGCUGUCCAGUGGCCCCAGCCCUGGGCCUGGCCGUCUGCUACUGGUGUGCCGGGUCUCUGGCUUCUACCCAAAGCCUGUGCAAGUGAUGUGGAUGCGGGGAGACCAGGAGCAGCCAGGCACUGAGCGAAGUGACAUUCUGCCCAAUGCCGAUGGGACGUGGUAUCUCCGAGUUACCCUGGACGUGGCGGCUGGGGAUGCGGCUGGCCUGUCCUGUCGGGUGAAGCACAGCAGUCUAGGAGGCCAGGACAUCGUCCUCUACUGGGAGCAUCGCAGCCCCAUCGGCUUCAUCCUCCUGGCAGUUAUACCGCUCCUGGCUUUUCUGGCAGGUCUUGCGUUUUGGUUAAAAAAGCGAUGGUCGCACCAUGGUUCUCCAAACUCUCUUCUCCCUUUGAAGUGA